AUGGCCUAUGUGCAGUGGAGUUCUGACGGCUCGGCUACCCUUAACGUGUCAACGGAAAACCGAUCAACGGCUAGAUUUAAAUGCCGCGUCAGCCCUAUUUCCCAGGGUUCAUCAUUCAUCGUUGUUUAUCUGGUCUCUGCUGUGGGGGCUGGCUUAAUUGGUUGGUUGCUUAGUUCAGCGUUCAUCUGGUUUUUCGCGCCGGGUUGUGCGGCUGUUCAUAUCUCGGUUAUCAGAGAUCAGCCUUCUUCUGUCUGUUACUGGCAGAGAAGGGAAGUUCAGGAAACAUCGGGAGAGCUUUCAGGUCUUGUGCCGCUCAAGCGAUCUACCUUGGACUGGUAUUCACACGAAGUACAUGCAUGCGGCAGACCCAAUGCAUCCCACUCCCCUUUGCCGGCGGAAGAAUUUGCUGUAGUCGAGGAAUCUACCAAGUUGAAAGACGGUGUUACCGAGCAUGAUGAGAUAUUGACAGGUGCCCAACUCUUUGGAAAUACAUUUUUGAUAUAUUCUAAUGAAACCAUCAUAGAUGACAGCGACUCCGACAUCACAGACCUUCUAUCCGCAGCCGGCAUCAACGUCCACCAAGAAGAUGAGGAACCCGACGCUUCCUGUUCUACCAUCCGGAUGCGGGUUAUCGGAAUCAUCUUCUGCCUGGUCAGAUGCAGCGUCAAUACCCUCUUCGAGCUCCGAUACCCUACUGUAACACUCAAAGCGACAUUGGUUUUGUUCCUGGCAUACCCUGUGGGUAAAUUCUUGGAGAAGGUCCCCCCCGACUGGACUAUGCGUGUUGCUGGUUGUGAAGUGCGCUUGAACCCAGGCCCAUUCAAUCGAAAGGAACAUCUCUUAAUGUACAUCAUGUACCGUGCCAUCCAUCGUCUAUUCUGCAGACUCCCCUCGCUAAUCUCGAAUGCCUUCACUCGCUCGGCCUGGACAGAAGACAGUGCUGGCUUUGUUCCUGGCUAUGUUUUUUCUGUGUUCUGGGAUACGCAGUUGACAUGGUAUGGGGCGUUGCUGGCGGUUGUUGUUGCUACUGUUCUUACCAUACUUAUCCGCCCACGCACCCUCUUCUCAGUGCAAAUCUGCGGCAUGAUCUGCGCCGCCCUCAGCCAAGUCGGCCUCAUCAGCUGGGCCCUCCACCACAUCCCCGACAUCUGCACCAGCAAAGCUCCAGAUAAGUUCAACUUCAAAUCCUCCAAAACAAAUUACAACACUGCCACCAUCUGGGGCGCUAUCGGUCAGCAACACUUCUUUGGCGAGGGCUCAACCUACCAAAACCUGCUGUACUUCUUGCUCGUUGGUGCUGUCCCCCCAUUCCCCAUUUACUACUUCGACGUAAAUAUCCCAAUUCGAUGUGGAAGCAUGUCCGCCUACCGCUGCUUCUGGGCGGUCUUACGCAGCUUCCGCCGGCGACGGGCACGAAUUAUAGUAGUUGAGCGAUUGUGGGGUUGA